GGGUGCUAAGGUAAAGAUUCCUUUAGGGCCCGUCUUCAAUCCGGCCCUGCCCAUUGCUCAUGUCUAGCUUGGGAGAUGUCAGAGCAAUUAUGUCGAUGGAGCGCAAAAACCUUCUCGAUGCGUGGACAUCAUUCAAGGUCCCAACCCUAGCCCCAGCCUUAGCUCUCCUCCUCCUCCUCCUCUUCCUUGCCCUCAUCUUCAUCGGAACCAAACUCAAGACCAAAACCUCCCGCCCUGACCUCCCCCCGGGCAGCCUCGGAUGGCCGGUCCUCGGCGAGAGCCUCGAGUUCUUGCAGGCCAGCCGGGACGGAAACCUGGGCAAGUUCAUCCGGGACCGGAUGGGCGAGCAUGGCGCCCCCAUCUUCAAGACCUCACUGCUAGGGGAGCCGAUGGUGGUCUUGUGCGGGCCGGCGGGUAAUAAGUUCCUGUUCUCGAACGAGGGCAAGAAGGUGGCGCUGUGGUGGCCGAGCUCGGUGCGGAGGCUCAUCGGGACGAGCCUCAUAACCAAGGCCGGUGACGAGGGGAGGUCCGACAGGAAGAUGCUGAUGAGCUUCUUCAAUCCGGAGGCCCUGAUGAGGUUUGUGGGCACCAUGGAUGAGGUGACUCGGCACCAUCUCAGGACUCAGUGGCAAGGCAAAGAUCAGGUGGAGGCGUACCCCACCCUGAAGCUGUACACUUUCGAGCUCGCGUGCCGAUUGUUCAUGAGCAUCACGGACCCGCAGCUCGUCACGAGGCUCGCCCAUCACUUCGAGGUGUUCCUCAAGGGACUGAUCUCGCUCCCACUCGACUUCCCGGGCACGAGGUUUCACCGUGCGAGGAGGGCCACAGACUCCAUCCGGAAGGAGCUCCGGGCGCUGGUGAGGCAGAGAAGGGUGGAGCUAGAGCAAAAGUUGGCUCGGCCGUCCCAAGACGUGAUGUCCCACUUGCUGGCGAACGGGGACGAGAACGGGAAGCUCAUGCCGGAGGCGGAGAUCAUAAAUAACAUGUUGAACCUCCUGUUCGCGGGGCACGACACUUCUAGUUCUACCCUUAUGCUGCUCCUCAAGUACCUAAGCGAACUCCCUCACGUCCUUGACAAAAUUCUUGCAGAGCAAAGGGAAAUCGCAGCGUCGAAAGCUCCGGGAGAGUUGCUGCAAUGGGACGAUUUGCAGAGAAUGAAAUAUUCGUGGAAUGUCAUAUGCGAAGUCAUGAGAAUGACCCCGCCGGUAGGCGGCUCUUUUCGCGAGGCCGUGGUCGAUUUCACGUUUGAAGGAUACACCGUCCCUAAGGGCUGGAAGCUGUACUGGAGCGCUGCUGUGACGCACGAGGACCUAAACUUCCACCCAAGGGCGGCGAGCUUCGACGAGUCCAGAUUUGAGGGAUCGGGGCCUCUGCCGUAUUCGUUCGUCCCGUUCGGAGGCGGGCCGAGAAUGUGCUUGGGGAAGGAGUUCGCGAGGGUGGAGAUGCUCGUGUUCUUGCACAAUCUAGUGAACUUAUUCGAUUGGGACACGGCGAUUCCCAACGAGAAAAUCAUCUACGAUCCCAUGCCCACGCCUGUCAAAGGACUGCCCGUCCGUCUUCGACCUCGCCAGGGACUCUCGUGUUCGUGAUCGAGAUUUAGUAUAUUUCAGUAGUGCUCUCAUUGUAAUAGAUUACCAUGGACGCUCCAUGCAAUCUUCACCCCCCAACCGCCAUGAAAAUAGAAUAAAAUGGAAAGAGGAGAUUGCUGCUGCACUUUGCCCAAUUUUCGCAAUAA